AUGAAGUUCCUCAACGUUCUCGCUCUCGCGUCCGUCGCGGCUGCGUUUCCCACCCUCUCGGACACGUCCAUCAACGACGUCGACGUCCGUGAGCUCGAGGCCCGCGAACUCGAGGCCCGGCAGCGCAGCGGGCGCGUCGGGUCGACGGCCAAGGAGUUCACGGAGGGCGGGUGCAAGGACGUCAUCAUGUUCUUCGCGCGCGGGUCGACCGAGGUGGGCAACAUGGGCACGGUGUGUGGCCCGCCGACGGCCAACGGCGUCAAGGCCAACUUCCAGAGCGUGGCGGUCGAGGGCGUCGACUACGCGGCCGGGCUCGCGACCAACACGCUUCCCGGCGGGGCGGACCCGCGGGGCAUCGCCGAGAUGAAGAGGCUCAUCGCGCAGGCCAACGCCGACUGCCCCGACUCGAUGCUCGUCGUGGGCGGGUACAGCCAGGGGGCGGCGCUCACGCACCGGGCGGUGGAGGACCUGCCGCAGGCGCAGAAGGACCAGAUCGUAGCGGCCUUCACGUUCGGCGACACGCAGAACCUUCAAGACGGCGGCAGGAUCCCGAACUUCCCCCCGGAGGAUACCAAAAUCAUCUGCGCGGCGGGCGACGCCGUCUGCCGGGGCACGUUGACGAUCCUCCCGGCCCACCUGUCAUACGGCAGGAACGCGGACGAGAUGGCGGACUUUAUCUCACAGAAGCUCACGGCCGCGGGUGCGCAGAGGAGGAAGUAG